AAAUACUCAUAUGUUCGGUCCAUAGCGAGAUUCGAAUGAAGUCAUUGAUGUUGGGAAUAUGAGAAGUUGUUUAUGUUUUUAAUUCUUCACCGUAUGUAUGGAAUUGUGCAAAUAAUUAUUCCACAAAGUACUUUAUGUGAAAGAACAAGAGUUUUGAGAAAUGUAGACACUGUAUACGGCCUUUCUUCAGACAAGUUCGGCACCACGUCCGGCCGCAAAUUUCGUUUGACACAAGGAACUUUCAUCUGCUGGAUGUUAGUUAUAUCCUUCAGGGUUACACGAUUCUUCUAAGAGAGAUAUAUAUACUUUGGAUAUUUCAGGGAUAUAGUCUCUGCCUAAUCUGCUGCUGCUCAAUGAAAUUAAAUGGGGUCAAAUUCAGAGGCUGAGUUGUCCAGAUUCUCAGCAGUGAAUAUUGUGAUGGGAAAUGAGUCAUGUGACCUAGAUUCUACCAUUUCAGCUUUGGUUUAUGCAUAUCUUCUAUACAGCGAAAUGAGUGUCGAUGCCAAGGAGACUGUCACUGUUAUUCCACUGCUUAAGAUCUUGAAGAAAGAAUUUCCUCUGAAGACAGAGGUGACAUACUACUUGAAGAAGAAUGGUAUACCAAUGGACCUUCUUGUAUUUUGGGACAGUAUAAACCUGAAAGAGUUACAGAUGACAAGCAGACUUAAACUGACUUUGGUGGAUCACCAUGUUCUGUCACCGGAAGCUGAAUUUCUGUGCUCAUCAGUGGUGGAAGUUAUAGAUCAUCACCCGCAAGAUCCAGCAUGGCUUUGGCCAAUGCAGAAGGUAACCCUGACCACAGUUGGAUCUUGUUGUACUCUUGUUGCCAGCGAAGUGGUGCAACGCUGUCCCGGGCUAAUCAGCAGUCAGGUUGCCAUGUUAUUGUAUGGGCCCAUCAUUCUGGACACAGCGUGUUUCUCGCAGACUGCAGGUCGAACCACUGAGCUUGACCUUAAAAUGGCAAUGGAACUUGAGAACAGGGGUGUUGAUUCAACAAGAAGAGAGAAAUUAUUUCAGGAACUGUUGGCUGCUCGCAGUGACGUUAGCAACCUCACACCAAGUCAGCUAUUGGAAAAAGACAUGAAAAUUACAUUAGGUAUUCCAGUACCCGGCCUGCCUAUGCUUGUCCAGGAAUUUGUGGCCUACCCAGAUGUGACAGAAGCCCUGAAGAAAUUUUGUGCAGAAAGGGAAACGAAUGUCACAGUUUUGAUGGGCCUCCUUAUCGAUGGUGACCAGAUUCAGCGAGACAUAGCUGUGUUCUCUUCUGCAGAACCCAGAAUUGCUCAAGAGGUCAUUAAAUGCCUCAUGAACUCUACUGAUCCUGCCUUGCAGCUUGAGUCUUUUGAAGUGGCAUCAGAAAAUCACAUUCCUGGUCUUCAGCUGUUCAGACAGCUGAACGCCAAGGCGUCUCGUAAACAAGUGCUGCCAAUUGUAAGGUGUGCAGCAGAAUGCAUAGUAAAGCGCUGCCAAAAGUAGGAAUGUGGGGCUCUCGGUCAUGUUUUGGAACAGUGCCAUGGGUUAGGAGCAAGAAAACCUGAGGACAUAACAAAAUUGGAUUUUAACAGAAGAAUUGUACAUAGUAUAAGUGAAAAAUUGUUUUGUAUUAUCCUGCUGAUGGAAUUUGUUAGCUGAGGUAAAAUUGUGUAUUGCAAAUUUGCUUCAGGAACCCUCUGCUUGAAGAACUAGUGAAAUGAGAAGCUAAAUAGGAAUCUGUUGAGACAGUUGGCAGCAGUGUGAACAGAACAUUUUCAUUAGAAAUGACACCCAUUGAAUCUGGGACAUGUAAACAUUGCUGCAUGUGAAAGUGUCAUGCCAAAGAAUAAAAAACCUUAUAUGUCCCAUGUUA